AGGAUCGCUUUUUUCUUAAGACUUCGAGCCGCCGAGCAGAAAAAUCGUGCUGAUUAAAAAGUUGUAGUGUAACCGCAAAAAAUGGCCUCCUGUGCUAGUGGACUCGCGCUGGCCUUUCUCACUCUCGGUGCCACUUGCUUCGCGGUGGGCGAAACUCUACUCGAGUGGCACUCUCUACCGAGCGGCAGAUGCUUAGAUGGAUCGCCUGCCGGGUUCUACUUAGAAGAGCGUGAAAACUGGGAAGCGACAGUAGCCAACGGUCUGUUCAUGGAUCUGCAAGGCGGCGGAUGGUGCUAUGGCGACGACCGUAACGCAACUAUUGAGGCCUGCAAGCAAAGAGCGGUCACACGGUAUACUAGUAGAGCCAAAAAAUCGACGUAGUUUCUUUGCUUAUGCGGUCUAGCACUAGAUUUGUCAUGUGGCAGUAAUGAAAAGCCAAAAUCAGUCACAUCUGACUUGUUUCUCAGAUUUAUAGUAGAUGACUUCAUGAUGUCUCUUGAGAUUAAAGAAGAUCAACACGUGCAUCAUAUUGUGUAACAACGUGUGGUUCUCAAACAACAAUAUGAGUGCAUCUUUUACUUCAACCAAGUACAUUAUGAUUCGUAGCCUCUGGAAAACUAGGCUGUCAACAUCCUUAUUCCUUUUAUCUGCACGCAGAAUAUCAAAACAUCAAUACCUUGUCUUUUACCUCUGCCCACAACAUCAAAUCAUCACAUUCCCAAUCAAAAAAUCUUUUACGUCCUCCACCCAUAACAUAUUUAUAACAUAUUUCGACUAGCAUCGAAAGAUGAAUAUCCAUGAAUAUCCAGAUUGGGUUCCUCGUUGAGUUAUCCGCCAAAGAUAACCCUUGCUCCAUGGAAACGGGAGAUCGCAAAAUCAUUCGUCUACGCUUUUGUGCCCUACUGUGACGGCACUAGUUUCUCGGGAAACGCAACAGUUGACACACUUUAUGAAUUGGAAAUGUUGGAAAGAAAUCGUUAACUGGAACAUGUGUGAGACGUGUAAGAAGGCCACUAGUGCUAGGUCCUAGAUCAUCCCUAGAGGAAGGUAGAAAACCUUUUAGAGCAAGUUGACUUUUUUCCCUCUUCUGGACUCCUCCUGAUCAUUGUUACAAAACAAACAAUUCAACCCUAAACCCGCACUAGUUUUUCGGGAAUUGCGAACAUAUUUAUAGAACCUGAUCAACCUGAUCUCAAUCCGGAGUCUCCUUGUCUAACAAUUGCAUUUCGAUGGUUUCCGGAUUUUGCGGGAACUAAGUGCGGCGAUCGCGAAUAUUUUCUCGACAUCUUCUUCCCCACCUCUGUCUCGUGUCAUUCUUAGCGGUGGCUCUGCUGGUGGCAGUGCGGUUUUUUAUCACAUUGACACUUUCGCAAAAUGGAUAAAGAUGGAUGUUUCAGCCGCAGCUGCCUCUCGACAACGCCAGGUCGUCGCAGCUGGGGUGGACGACAGUAGAAGUAGUACAAAAGAGGACACUUCUUUGCCCGAACGCGAACAUGAGCAUGCUGCGAAGAUCGAGGUUCUCGGCGUCCCCAAUGCUGGUUACUUCCUGAAACUCAACACUUUCGCAGGUCCAGACCUCUGGGGCCACAAGAUGACAAACCUCUUCCGCCUAUCAAACGGUUAUUAAGGGUUUCCAAAUUACAUCCUUCACGACCAUCCUUGCCCUGCUUUCCAGUAGGACAGAGGCCAAGGACAUUUUGAAAAAUGUAACUCAGCAACCUUUAAGGCCAUGCUGCCUUGCAUCAGAACUGUAUCCACAAGAAGUUUGCGGAUGAUCCCGAUAAGUGUUUGUACGAGGACAGCUAUGCGGAAUUGAUUGAAACGCCGCUACUGGUAAUGCAGUCGAAAUACGAUCUGUCGGAAAUCGGAAGUACCUUGGGGAUUGAGUGCAAUUUGGAUGAUUGGUGUGGUGAAGAGGAUGGCGUUAGUGGUGGUGGUGGAGGAGGUCACGAAAGGGAUGGUGAUGGUAGUGGUAAUGCUGGUAGUGUUAAUGCUGGCAGUGGUAAUGCAGGAGUAGAGGAAGAAAAAACAAGAAAACAGUCAUCACUAUUGAACAGAGAACAACAACACACUCCACCAAAGGGGAAUAUGAUGAAUAGAAAGCCUUGUUGCACCACCGGACAGCUCGAAGCGGUUCAGAACCUGUGGCCCUUGCACCGCAAUGCUGCGCCAGCUUUGUUUGAGAAACCAGAGAAUGGGCAUUUCUUUCUCGACUGCGUAGUCCAUGGCGUUUUAGGCUUAGAUCCUUUAGAUCCGCGUACUACCAUCCAUGGCCAGAGCGCUGAGUCAGCCAUCUAUGCUUGGGCAGUCGACAAAUUUUCGGUGAAACUAGUAGAUGAAAGAAGUUGGAAUGUAGAGGAGAAGCAUAAGUAUUGCGUUUACAAAACUGUUGAGACCAGUACAAUCGCAGAACAAGAGAGCAACAAGUACUAUUCACAAGAAAACAACAAGUACUAUCCACAAAUUGCAGAUCAUGGGUGGCGUGGUGAUAUCUACGAAGAUGAUCAACAACAGCGAACCGCGACCACACCACCCCAUACCUUGACCGACUUUUUCUUCAUUACUCUUCAUUCUUUAUUUUCCGACAGCUCUUUGAUGAGAUUGACAACACCAGCCCCUUCGGGGCUAUUUUCCUUUUUCAAGCAGACGGGCAAUAAGAAGGUGCAAGAAAACAAGACAACACGCAACAACCUAAUGUCUUCACAGCACGAAGCAGGAGAAGUUCAAUCCGAAAUAUUUUUUUAAACGCCAUUCUUUUUUAAUGGGAUUGUAAGAAUGCCGGGGAUAUAUUUUGCAACAAGGGGAGGAAGUACAGAAAAUCAUCCAACGUUUACUAUAGAUGAAAAGUGUGGAGACGCGCGCCACAUCAAGAAUUUCAUCAGGA